GAGUGACUGAAGAAACAUGGUGAGGACACCUUCCUGUGACGAAAAUGGAAUGAGGAAAGGGACUUGGACUGCUGAGGAAGACAGGAAGCUGAUUGCCUAUGUCACUCGCUACGGCUGCUGGAACUGGCUCCAAAUCCCCAAAUUCGCAGGGCUGAAAAAUUGCGGGAAGAAUUGCAGGCUGCGGUGGAUGAAUCACAUACAGCCCAAUGUGAACAGAGGGAAAUACAGUGCAGAAGAAGAAGAAACCAUCCUCAACCUCCACUCAACCCUUGGAAACAGAUGGUCUGCCCCAAUGCGGCCCAUCUCCCUGGCCAAAGUGACAACAUGAUCAAGAAUCACUGGCACACCAGCCUUAAGCAACGCGCGAGCCAAGAAUCAAUCAGGAAGCAAAAGUGGUUGAAACCAGGAAGGAAGAGGAGGCGGCGAAGAUUCCAGAAGGAGUUCAAGUAUUGGCCGAGAGCAACUCUUUGAUUAGCUACACGUCAAUGGCAGCAACUUCAGAGUCGGCUCCUGUAAGUGAGCCCGGUUCUAUGUUGAUGACAGCAUCGUGGGCCGGGUUCACCGAUGAGUUGGUGUCCGAAACAAGUUGCUUCGCCGAUGUGUGGGAGGCAGAAGAAGCAUCGCGGCGGCGAGACUUUACUACAGUGAUGAGUUGGAGAGGGAGUGCUAUGGAUUGUGGACAAAGUCACUGCUCGCAGCUGAUAACUACUACUGCGAGGUGCCCAGUAGCGACUUCUUCUCCACUUUGGCAGCGGAGGAGCCUCAAUCA